GUGGGAGGGCAGAAAGGGAAUUUCUGGAAAGUGUUGGGGCAGGUGGAGCGAUGGCUAAGGACGAGGAGAAGAGAGUGGGCGUUGGUGGCCUCACCGUUCCGGUGGUACGAACAGGAGUGAUGUCCAGCCAGCGCCUUCCCCACCAGGGGCUUCGGUUUUUCGAUCUUAAGUGUGGGUUAUGUAGGACUGUUGUGGAGGUCGAAUUAGUUCGUGUUGGCAGGUUCUGCCCGCUUGUUGGACAAAACUUUUCGGUGUCUCGUUAGCGCCUCUCGCCAUCGUACAAGUAAGGAAACAGGUCCAGAGGGGGGCACGGACCUGCCCGUGUCACAGAGCAAAGGAGGCGGAGCUGGGACUCAUGGGAAGUCCACUCUGUUCAAGAGUAGUUCAGAGGCUGGGGCUGGGGUCUGCCCAGUGAAAGUCUCUCAAUCUCUCCCAGCUCGGCGUGGCUGCUUGGCCUGAUGCCUGAGGACCCCAUCAUGUAGGUCCGAGGAGCCAUCCCCCACCCUGUGGCCAGGACAGCAGCGGGUAGCAGUGGCCAUCAUGCAUUCUUCACACCACCCCUGAGUCCGGGAGUCCCAGCACAGGGCCCGCAAGCCCGCCCCCCACGGCAGCGCCAUGAGCCACGGGCCGAGCCCACGGCUGGCUGAGUCUCCGCAGCUGUCCAAGGGCAGCCUGCUGACCAUCCUGGGUAGCCCGUCGCCUGAGCGCAUGGGGCCAGCCGACUCGCUGCCCCCCACGCCGCCCAGCGGCACGCCAUCGCCUGGGCCGCCGCCGUCGCUGCCGCUGCCACCGGCGCCCACGCUGCUGGCGGACGGGGACUGGGAGAGCCGCGAGGAGCUGCGGCUGCGGGAGCUGGAGGAGGCGCGCGCGCGGGCGGCGCAGAUGGAGAAGACCAUGCGCUGGUGGUCAGACUGCACCGCUAACUGGCGCGAGAAAUGGAGCAAGGUGCGCGCCGAGCGCAACCGCGCGCGCGAGGAGGUGCGCCAGCUGCGCCAGCGCCUCGACGCGCUCACCAAGGAGCUGGCGGGCGCGAGGCGCGAGCGCCAGGAGGCGCAGGGCGAGUGCGAGGCGCGGGGCCGCGAGCUGGCGCGGCUGCGGGGCGCUGGGGGACCCACGGACAGGACGCCCGAAGGUCCUGAGACCGAGCCAGAGAGGGAGCAGGAACCAGUGCGCGACGUCGGGUCUGAGAGACCCCAGGGCAGCCAGGAGCUGGAGCUGGUGGAGAGCCUGCUGAAGAGCAGACCAGAGGAGCCCGAGGGCUGCUGGGAGGCACGCAGCGUCGGGGCGGGGGCCCCGCGGAGCAGCUCAGGCCGCCAGGAGCGCAGCCGGCUGCCCUGGGAGGAUGCCGCCACCCUCGAAGAGGACACCUCCAAGUUGACAGCCCUGCGGCUACGGCUGGAUGAGUCCCAGAAGGUGCUGCUCAAGGAGCGAGAGGAUAAAAUGGCCCUGAGCAGGAACAUUGAGAAGCUGGAGGGGGAGCUCAGCCAGUGGAAGAUCAAGUAUGAAGAGCUGAGCAAGACCAAGCAGGAGAUGCUCAAGCAACUCAGCAUCCUGAAGGAGGCCCACCAGGAUGAGCUGGGCCGCAUGUCCGAAGACCUGGAGGAUGAGCUGGGAGCGCGCUCCAGCAUGGACAGGAAGAUGGCUGAGCUGAGGGGCGAGAUGGAGCGGCUGCAGGCAGAGAACGCAGCCGAGUGGGGUCGCCGUGAGCGGCUGGAGACGGAGAAGCUGGGCCUGGAGCGGGAGAACAAGAAGCUGCGGGCGCAGCUCGGGGACCUGGAGGAGGCGCUGGCCCGGCGACGGCGGCAGACAGCCAGUGCCCUGGACUGCGACCUGAGGGCCAGCCAGGCCGCGCUCUUCGAGAAGAACAAGGAGCUGGCAGACCUGAAACAUGUGCACAGCAAGCUGAAGAAGCAGUUCCAGGAGAAGGUGGCGGAGCUGGCACAUGCCAACCGGCGGGUGGAGCAGCACGAGGCAGAGGUGAAGAAGCUGCGGCUGCGGGUGGAGGAGCUCAAGAAAGAGCUGGCCCAGGCUGAGGAUGAGUUGGAUGAGGCCCACAACCAGGCACGGAAGCUGCAGCGGUCGCUGGACGAGCAGACGGAGCAGAGUGAGAACCUGCAGGUGCAGCUGGAGCAUGUGCAGUCCAGGCUCCGCAGGCAGCAGCAGAGUGCCCCUCUCUUUGGGAAGAUCCGCAGUGCUCGCUUUGGUGCCGAGGAGGCGGGGGACGGAGCCAGCGACCUGGACGAGGAUGAAGACCUGCAGAUCCAGGUGGCCUAGACUCCCAGGGCUGGGCAGGACUGGCCCAGUGCCCAGGCCCCCCAGUGCCCAGGCGGACCGGCCACUGGAACUGAUGCAGCUGCCUGUGCUCACUCUGGGAGCAGAGCCCGGUCUGCCAUGGACGCCUCCCUUCUCCCCCACAGUGGGCCUCCAUGACCCCACCUGACCUGCAGCCCGUGGAAGGGAAGCCAUGGCCGUGUUUUAUAUAUAAUAUAUAUACGUGCUGACGGUCCCUGGACCCAUUUGGUUUUAUAAACACAGAAUCGCUCUCAGCCCAGUCUAGGCGCCCCACUCACCCAGGACCUUCAUGUCAGAGGAGAGCUGCUGGGGCCUCUGGCCAGGCUGCCUCUCUGGGCCUUGGGGGUCGGGCUGGGGCUGGGGCUGUUCAUAGCACAAUGUGAGAAACCCAGUCUUUUGUAAUAAAUGGAGUUCGGGUUCUCGGG